ACAGCUGCGACGCACGCUCGACCAAUACUUCUACACCCAUCUUUCGAAUACAUUCAAGCGGGACACUGAUCAAGUGGUGCUGCGAUACACCACAAAUGAUCCUGGAAUGGAGCCGAAGAUCUUCAUGGUCGAUCAGUUAUGGCUCUGGAUUUUGAAUGGAAAUACUGUGAUUAGUUGUUUUCCACAACGCUGGGAUACUUGGUCAACUGACAGAAGCACGGGACCGCCCCCAUCAUAUCCGCCCCGUCCUCAGCCUAUGGCAAAUUUCCAAUACCCAGUCGCUGACCUUAACACUGGGCGGGAGCUAGGGCCAGGGCCUCCUCCACCACCUCCCCAAAAUUUGCGCAAUAAUCCACGAAUGGCUCCCCCUCCCCCUCCACUGAACUGGCCAGGCGAUCCGCCGACUCGGAUCAAGCAAACUGAGCCUCCUAAGCCUACAGCCCGGCCUCUAAAUCCGCCACCUGAUACUGGACAGCCCGCGCCUUCUCAUCUUCCGUCAUCAAACAUGCAUGGCGAGACCAAUAUGAUCACUAACCCCGAUGAAUUGAAAAACAAGAACAAAGCUAUAAUCAAUCCCUCAGGGAUCUUAACAUGGAUGGCUGGGGGGAAGAAGAUCAAAGGCAGGAAAUCUCCCAUUGGGCCUAUCUUCCCUACUGGGGAAGUUAAAGACAGCAGACCAACUUCAUCCAUCGAACAGGAAGAAAGAAGGAGACGGCGAGCUUUUCUCCAGCUGGACCCCUUGAAUGUGCACCAAACGAUACUCAAGCAUCUGCAAGGGACAACGCGAGGCCCUAUCACUUCAGCGUAUGAUCUGGCGAAGCUUAUCACGAACUCCUGUGCCAAUGUCUUUGAUCAAUACGGGACCCCACCUGACUUCCAAUUUUUCGAUUUCUUCGAACGCUCCAUCGGAGCUUUGGUCGACCAAGAGACACAACGCUUCAACCACUUUAUGAGCAGUCUUGACAACACAACCUACCCCGACUCUACAUCUAACCCCGCCCUUAGCAUUGCGGCAGAGACCAAACUGUUGGUAGAAAUCAAAGAUAUCCGUGACGAACUCGGCAUCUUAGAAACGAUCUUGCACGAUCAAUUAAAAGCUCUAGGGGAAUUUGAGCAAGCCAUUGCCAGGCUUGCCAGCAGAGAUAGAAAGCUUUCAGUCACACAGAACAAAGUUCUCCAAAGCCAUCUGGAGAGAAUCCAAAGGAUGGAUAAACAGGCGGGGAAGGCCUACCAAGCACUCAACGAUCUUCUCGAUUUAAAACAAAAAGAAUUCAACGCUGCGAUUGCAGACCAAUCCCAAAAGCAAGGCCAGCGACAAGUGGCCUUAUUAGAGGCAACGGUGGCUCAAGCAGAGGAGACCUCACGGCAAGGAAAGACUGUGAUGUUGUUCACCGUGGUCACAAUUAUAUUCCUGCCGCUUGGGUUUAUGGCAGCAUUUUUCACCAUCAAUGUUGAUUCAUUUCCUGUGAACGACAAUGGAAAGCUCCCGAUGAGCUAUGUACUUAAAUAUAUGCUCUCAAUAUCGGCCGCCAUCUCCAUCCCCUUCGUGCUCAUAGCAUUCAACCAAGAUACGAUUUCGAGAUGGCUGAGAGCAUUGAGGAAUGGAGUUAUAUGGUCGGUUAUGGUCAUCAUCAUAAUGGGAGUGCUUCUCGCUCUGAUUUGGACAAGCCACCUGGCGUCUGGGAUCAAGGUUGCUGUGACGGUCACCAUCCUGUUGUUAUCUUUAAUGGCUGUUAUCGGGAAAGGUAUUCUUUUGUUGGUUAACGACGCCCGAUCAGGAAGUAGUGCAGGCUCAGGCUCGAGGACCAGUUCACUUGUAGACUAUUAGAGACUUAGAACACCUUCAUACAUCGAGUGACUGAUGUACAAUCCCAUCGAUUGAACUAUACAACAUAAAAAUCAGAAACUUGAUGAAACCCCUAAAAAAAACAAUGGACCGUCGCCCUUCCAGCAUCAACCUCAAGUCUCCGACAAAACCUUGAUACUCAAAAUCAUGACAUACAUCGCAACUCCGGCCAAAAUGUCCAGAAAC